UAUCCCGUUUUAUCUGAUGGACUCAGCGCGGGCUGGAAGAUCACAGUGUGGCUGAAAACAAAGGGAGUUAACAAGAUGUGACCGGCCGAUGGAUAAAACAAUAGGCGAAGCCCUCCACGCUGCCUAGAGCCAGGUGUGCUCCAUGCCCAGGUCGCCAUGUGGGUGGCGGUGGCUCUGCUGUGCUGCUCGGCGCUGGCGGGGCUGCCCCGGGCGGGCGGCUCCUGCCCCUCGCAGUGCAGCUGCUCCUUCCACAGCCUCGGCGAGGGCACCAAAGCCAGGACAGUGCUGUGUAAUGAUCCAGAGAUGACCCUCCCUCCUGUGAACAUCCCUGUCGAUACAACCAAGCUUCGGAUAGAAAAGACAGCCAUCCGCAGGGUGCCAGGAGAGGCUUUCCACCUGCUUCACAACCUCGAGUACCUCUGGAUGCCCUAUAACUCCUUGGCCAGCCUCAGUAGCAUCCCCUUCAAGGGCCUUCGUCGUCUGCAGGAGCUGAGGCUGGAUGGGAACAACUUAGUAUCAUUCCCCUGGGAAAGCCUGGCUGGCAUGCCGCAGCUGAGGCUUCUGGAUUUACACAAUAACGAACUCACCUCAAUCCCUCCAGAUGCUGCUCGUUAUGUCAAGAAUAUCACAUACCUGGAUCUGUCUAGCAACAAGCUGAUGACUCUUCCUCAGGCUCUCAUUGCCACCUGGGCCAACCUCCAGGCUGUUCCCUACUUUCCCAAUGAUAACUCCAAGAUCAUCCUAGGCUUGCAAGACAAUCCUUGGGUGUGUGACUGCAGUCUGUAUGAAAUGGUCCAUUUCCUAAAUUUCCAGUCUCCUAACAUAGCCUUCAUUGAGCCCAGGCUGAAAUGCUUCACCCCCCGGAGCCUCACAGGAGUCUUCUUCAGCCAGGUGGAGCUGAGGAAGUGUCAGAGCCCCGUUGUGCACACGUCUGUAGCCAAGGUGAAGACCAUCCUGGGCAGCACGGUGCUGCUGCGGUGCGGGACCACGGGCGUGCCCAUCCCCGAGCUCAGCUGGAGGAGAGCUGAUGGGGCUCAGCUGAACGGCACAGUUCACCAAGAGAUUUCCAGUGAUGGGAUGAGCUGGUCUAUCCUGGGCCUCCCUGUAGUCUCUUACCUUGACUCUGGAGAGUACAUCUGUAAAGCAAAGAAUUUCCUGGGGGCAACAGAGGCGUUCAUCUCACUCAUCAUCACAGACUCAGAAAGCACGGAUGACCCUACCUCUAAUGGCAAAGGCACGUGGAAUGGGAAGGCGAGUGGGAUGCAGGCAGCUGCCUACAAUGACGAACUGGUGGCAAGGUACAUCAUCACCACCUCCACUGUGCCCACCCUGGGGGCUGGAGUGGGCACUGGAGACGGGCUUCUCCUCCCGGACAUGGCACAAGACAGCAAUCCCCAGAAUCUGCUGGUGAGCCCCACCAUGGGCCAGCAGGAGCCAGAGAGGAUGGUGAGGUCUGUCAGGGUGAUAGGGGACACCGACCAGGGCAUCACCCUGGCCUGGAAGGCACCUAUGGCAAAGAACACCACGGUGUUCAGUGUCCUUUAUGCUGUCUUUGGAGAGAGGGACAUGCGGCGGAUCAACGUGGAGCCAGGGAAGACCAAGGUCACUGUCUAUGGGCUGCUUCCAAAGACCAAAUACAUCGUAUGUGUCUGUGUGAAAGGGCUGAUCCCCAGGAAGGAGCAGUGCAUCAUAUUUUCCACAGAUGAAGUUUUCAGUGCGGGAGGGACGCAGAAGCUCAUCAAUGUGGUUGUCAUCAGCGUGGCCUGUGUCAUUGCUGUUCCUCUGACACUGGUGGUCUGCUGUGGAGCACUGAAACGGCGCUGCAAAAAAUGCUUUGUGCGAAAACCCAAGGAAAUUCAGGAAUCCUACGUCACCUUUGAAAGCCUGUCUCCUGGGGCCAAGGCAAAAGGCGUGGAAGGAGAAUACUUGACCAGGCACACCCCUGACGAGUCGAACAGGCUGCUGUCUGCCCGCUCCAGCGUGGACUCGGAAGCCAUACCAAAGAUUGAGGGACAGCCUAAUGAAUACUUCUGCUGACAGUACUGAGGCUGACUGCCAGCUCACCCAGUGGAAAACACGUGGCUGUAUCUGUGGCUCUGUGACUCUGCUCCAGCACUGCAGGCCACCCCGUCCAUGCUUCUGUCUCUGACUUGUUCUGGAACAGGAUGCAAGAGGGUAGAUGGUGCCCAAGCUUUACAGAAACAUGUUGCUCACACCACUUGGGGUUUGCUGCUUUGUACCCAGUCAAAGCUUCUGUGAUAAUGGCCUCAUUCUCCUGGACCACUUCUUUUUUGGUUUUUUUCCCUGUAAAAUGAAGUGUGCACACUGUGUGUGAGGACAUUAAGCAGCAUUUCUGAGUGUGCUCUGCUUGGUGUUGUUUAGGACCUGCUCUGAAAUAUGCAAAGUACAUUAUUCUCAGCUCUUUUUAUGGUUUUUUUGGUUGACAAAUGGGAGGGUUUAGUAAUUUUGAUACAAAUAUCUGAGAAGGUGAAUAUUUAGAGUCUCACCUUUUACAUCCCCCAGGUUUGCAUGAAAUGUGCAGCUUGAUGCUUAAUAAAUCACUAAAUACAGAUGUGCAGAAACCCCUUCUAAUACGUCCAACAUAAUCACAACUCUAUGCUCUGAAUUCAGAGAAAUGUGCAAAGGAGAUAGAAAUCAAGAACCAAAACCCAAUCCGCUCCUAAGAAUGCAUAAUAGAGAACAUUUUCUGAUUGCAUUUUGGUCCUAAACUCUAUUCUUAAAAUAGUAUCGAACAAGAGCAAAGGUCUUUAAGUAUCAGUCCUAGCUGGCAUUUUGUACUGUAGUUUGUAGAGUAUGUUUUAUACUAGCUGUGCUAGAUAAAAAUCAUACAAUAGCCUACUUUGCACAUGGUGUGUGGUGGUGUAAUGCUUUGUAACCAUACUGGACAACCUACAUCACAGUUUUGUAAAAAUCUCCCAAACCAGCCCUGUCAUUGCUGCCUGUGCUCCUGGCAAAACUGAUGGUGAAGACCCACACCAUCAGCCAGGCACUUGUGACUUGGUCACAGAAAGGAGUUGCUCUGUGCAGAGCAGCAGAAAGUGGUGUCUGACCACUGGCCAUGCACACAUCAGCCAUUCCUGAUUAUGGUCUCAGUGGUGGCAGUGGCUCAGUACAGACUUUUGGGUUUCAAACAUUUUACAAGUUCAAGCACCCUGGAAAAAACCUGUCUAAUAUUAAUCUAAAUGUCAUUUAAGUUCUGCAGCUUCACUGGAAUUUGGAUCUGAGUGCUUAUUACAAAGUAAUUCCCAGACGUGUAAUUUUCCACUCAAGUCCUCAUGUAGUAGUAAAUAACAUUUUUCUCUUUGUAAUAAACAUUAUUAAUGAAGAAAAUUAUAUAUAUUCUGCCAAAUGUUGAAUGGGAAAGAUCCAGCCAAGUUGAAAUGGUAACGGAUAAAGCUUGCUGAAUUGUUCUGAAAUGUGUGUUUGUAAAUUUAUUGGAAAAACUUCCACUCACAUUCUGGAUGUGUAUGUACAGUGUGGGUUAAGAAAAUUCACUGGUUGGAAUGGAGCUCUGUAUGGGUUCUGCAAGUCUUCCUUGUACAGCAGGGUUUCAGUUAUGUCAGAUUACUUGGCCUGAUGGAAAAAGCAAGUCAUCUGAUCUCAACAUAAAUACCAGCAACAGGGGGUACAUCACAAUAGCUUCUGAAAGCACUCCCUGUAUUCCUUACAUUAAUGAUAAGGAAAUUCUCUUGUAUUGGGAGAAUUCGUCAAUCCCUGAAUUAUCCCCAUAAUUCAUGCUACUGCUAUUACUGGACUGUGUAGAUUUUUAGGUUUACAAAUAAAGUUUUGUAAAAUUAUGUAUUUUAAUGUAACAAAUUAACUCAUGAAACAUGUGGUACAUAAUACAUCUGUUCCUUAUUUAUAAAGUUCAUUUGUCCCAGCCUGAUUACUAGAGUCAGGAAAAAACUGUCCUUCCCGUAGCAGUUUUUGUGCUGAGUUGCAAGGAUUGCUGUAUGUAAGCCUGGGUCCUGCCUACAUGUGCAGCAGGAACACUGGGCUGUGCAGAACUCAGCCUGCCAUGGCCCUGGAUGGAUAAGCUCCUAAGAACCAAGGCUGUCCUGACGUUUUCCUGUGGUGAACGGAGGGCACCUACUGCUCGAGGACUUUCCUGUAAGUCAUGUCUGCAGGAGCUGACUGGGAACCAGAAAUAGUCACUUUUCAGCUGACUGGAGACAUGAGCUGGGUGAUUUGCUGCACCCAGCGCUGGUGAGGAGCAGCUCUCACCCGCUGAGACCCUCGGUCUGUGAGUUGGCUGUGGAAAAGGCACCAGCUGGGCCAGCACUGGCACUCUUUGCUUGUGAGGAGGGAAGGAUGGAGGGAUCAUCCUGGGACAUCCACUGUGAAUGGGUUCAAUUUUACAGACUCUACUGGGUAUUUUUUGUACUUUGAAUGGUAAUCCCAAAUAGAAUAAACGUGAUUCUUCUUUUCUUA